AUGGAAUUAAGACUGGCGCUCAAACUUAUUUUCUCUGAUGCUAUUGAAAUGAGUACCAAUCUUCUUGAAAAAUAUUCAUAUCCUGGAUAUUCCAAACAUAUGUUCGUAUUAACCGAUGGAUUAGCUAAUAUUGGAUUAAGAACACAAGAAGAAAUCAUGAAUGCUAUCAAAAAAUGUGAUCAAUUCUUUUUUCUUGAAUCGGCCGAAAUUAUCGUAACAUUAAUGACAAGAGCAUUUCAAAGUGUUUUUGAUAUUUGUGGAACACAAGCUCAACUUAUUGCCCGUGGCUGCAAUAAUGCAAUCAUAACAAAAAUAUGGGAUUAUGAAAGUAAUGCACCUGAUGCAAAUUUUGGCGAACUUCAUGUCAAUAACCUUCGUGUUGUUCUAUGUGAUUUUCGAGUUUCUGGAGCUGUGUCUGAAGGUACAGAAGUUGAUAUUUUAGACUAUCAGUUGAAAUACAAUCGUCCUGGUGAGGUUGAUGGAGAAUCACUAAUAGUUACUGGUAAACUGUCAGUAACGUUCAUAAAUGAUAAAUCAUUCAUUCAACAAAUCGAUCCAAAAGUUAAAACCUUGCAUGCUGUUCAAGUUGCAGUAGAAAUAAAUGAUAAAAUUGCUCAACUGAUUGAGAUGUUAGUACGAAUGACAGAAAACAUGUAA